UGCAAAUGGUUUAAAUGGACCCAAAUAUAAGUUUGAAGUCUGUGUGUAUCUGAGUGUAUCAUCCGGCUAGUAAUUGGAGUGUUGAAGGAGAAUCGGAGCUUUGCAUUUGUUUGGUGAAUAUGAUGAUGAUGAGGUUUUGGAGAAUCGCUUCUCUUCCGUCUUCUUCUGCCAUUGAUCUUCCUCAACGUUUGGAAUUGAGUAACCCCAGAUCUGUCAAUUCUCUUCCCUUCUCUUUGAUGAAUUGUUGUUCUGCUUUAAAUAAGGAAAGCCCUCUCUUCUCUUCUCAAAAAUCUUACUUCUUGACCACCCGCUGCAAGAAAUCCAAGUAUGUGUUUGAUAAAAUUGAUGAUGCCUUGGCUUUGUUCGAUCGCAUGCUUCAUACCCAUCCCCGCCCUUGUAUUAUUGAAUUUAGUAAAUUAUUAUCAGCCAUUGUUAGAAUGAAGCAUUAUGAAAUUGUUAUUUCUCUGUUGAGACAAAUGGAAUUACUAGGAAUUCAUCACAAUGUUUAUACUCUCAACAUCUUGGUUAAUUGUUUUUGCCGUUUGCAUCAUAUGGAUUUUGGGUUCUCUAUUUUGGGGAAAAUGUUGAAACUGGGCAUUGAACCUAAUGGUAUAACAUUUUCCACUUUGAUCAAUGGCCUCUGCAUUGGAGGUAAAGUAGCUCAAGCUGUGAGGUUGUUUGAUGAUGUUAUCGUUCGAGAAGGGUAUCAACCUAAUUUAAUUGCUUAUAAUACGAUAGUGAACGGUCUUUGUAAAAUAGGAGAAACUACUCGUGCUAUUAGAUUGCUAAGGACUAUGGGAGAAAGAGGUUGCGCACCGGAGACUAUAACAUACAGCAUCUUAAUCCACGGCCUUUGUAAGGACAAGAAUGUAACUGAGGCUUUGAAGCUUUUCUCUGAAAUGAGAGGUAAAGGAAUUCCACCUGACGUUGUCACUUAUAGUUCUUUAAUUCAUGCCAUGUGUAAUUCAUGUCAGUGGAAGGAAGCUACAGCAUUAUUCAAUGAAAUGGUGGCUACCAAUUGCAGACCCAACGUAAUCACAUAUAGUAUUGUGGUUGAUGCACUUUGUAAAGAGGGUAGGGCUUUAGAGGCUCAAGAUAUUUUUGAGAGAAUGAUUCAACAGGGUAUUGAGCCUAAUAUAGUUACAUAUAAUUCAUUGAUGGAUGGAUAUUGUUUACGAGGUGAAAUGGACGAGGCUAAAAAAGUAUUCAAUUCAAUAACCAAUAAGGGUUGCACACCUGAUGUAGUUAGUUACAAUAUCAUUAUUAGUGGAUAUUGUAAAGCUAAAAGGAUAGAGGAGGCAGUGAAACUUUUUCAUGAAAUGACUCGAAAUGGAUUAAUCCCUAAUGUUGUUACUUUCAACACUCUUAUUAGUGGUAUGUCACAUAUUGGGAGACUUGCAGCUGCACAAGAAAUUUUCGAAGAAAUGUGUGAUUAUGGCCUAUUACCAGAUGGAAUCACUUACUCUUCCUUGUUGUAUGGCUUAUGCAAGCAUGGUCAUAUUCAUGAGGCAUUGGGAUUUUUUCAUGCAAUGCAGAGGAGUGGGUUAGAACCUGGUACUGUCCACUAUAAUAUCUUAAUUGAUGGCUUGUGUCUAGUUGGCCAACUUAAAGUUGCUAGGAAAUUAUUUUAUGCACUCACAGUCAAAGGGGUACACCCUAGUGUUUACACAUAUAAUACAAUGAUCAAAGGAUUUUGUAAAGAAGGGCUGCUGAAUGAAGCAUAUGAAUUGUUUAGGAAAAUGGAAGUGGAUGGUUGCAUGCGAGAUAGUUGCUCUUCUAAUACCAUGAUCCGAGGAUGUCUUCACAACAACAACAUAUCGCGGGCAAUACAAAUUCUUCAUGAAAUGGUUCAGAAAGGAUUUUCUGCAGAUGUAUCCACAGUAGCCAUGGUAGUGGAUAUAUUGUCUAGUGAUUCAACAGAGUUUUAAGGAUGGUGAGAAUUGGAGGUGGAGAAUUCCCUGUAAUCAAGGAAUCUGAUUACCUUGUUAAUGGCGAAUUUUGUGUUGACAAAGAUGCAUCUCCUAAAAUGUUGAAUUGCCUCCUGUAAGUUUUUUUUUUUUUUUUAAAUGUAAUUUUCAUUAGAUCACAAAUGAUGGGAGGGCAUUCCUCUACCCAAUAACAUCGCAUAGGACUCCUCAAAGAAAGUGCAUAUUUUGCAAGUCUGUGUGCUGCUCGUGUAAACAGCUUUGAACUGGUGGAAUUCAUAACUGAGUAGCUCGGCAUCGUUUAUCAGAGAAAAGUUUUGAGCUUCUGAGUUUAGCUGAUUAAUAAUGCUUAGUGCAUCUCCCUCAAUAAUUACAGACUUGAAUCCCAUAUCCUUUGUGACUACAAUGGCCUUAAUUGCUGCUAAAGCUCUGCAGUUAUAGAUCUCUGACUCGUUUUUCUGUAGUUGAGCAUGUCCCUAAGACAAAUCCAGUUUCAUCCCUGAUCACCACACCAAUUCCGGAUAAACCUUCCUCGGGUGCUUUCCAUCUACCUACCUAUCCCAUAGAGUUAAUUGUAAUGCUUACCUUGGCUCUUUUAUAGUCUUCCAGAUAUUUGGCAGUAAAGGCAGCUGUUUCCUCUGCUUUCCUGCUCACGUUGCUCUUACCUGCUAGGUUCCGGCUACGCCAAAUCGCCAAACCAGCUACCAAUCCAACUUAAUACAUUGGACAGCCAUCCCUUUUCAGCUUCAUGUUCGCACAUUUCCAGGCAUCAUCCACGUUGACAGCAUCCCAAUACUUCCCUUGCUAGAUUAGAGCCUGAGGCAUGCAUCACUGUUUCU